AGGCGUGACGUGCAGAUAUUUUGGGCAAGCGAUAACAACAAUGGCAGAUUUGCUAAAAAGAGGAAGAACCAGCAGUGUCAGGAACGUGAUGGACGCUGACCGUGCAGAGGAGAAGGCCGAACGGAUGCUCAAGAUGGAGUUGGAUGAGUUGAUCGAAUUGUGCGAAGAAAUGGACAUAGACAGCUCCGAAUUUGUAGCUGACUCUGAGUUCCAGAGUGCAAUACUGGAGGUGAUGAAGAAAACAGCGCAGUACGAACGAGCUAAACCGGUUUUGAGUGGGUUUGCAUCUUCGUUUGGUCGAGAUGUUGCUGUGAAAAGGAAAAGGGUUGUCCAACUUGUGAAGAGUGUGCAGGCAUUUGUCGAAGAUCGGGCUGCUAGAAUUUGGCUGAAGAAAUUACGGUUGAAUCAGACUCCCGCCUGGAUGAAGAGUCAGGACUUCAAGAGAGUUAGAGGUGUUGCUACUAAUGUGAAGCCUGUGUUGCUGUUUGCAGGAAGCACGUCAUCUGGUAAGAGCACUCUCCUUAAUGCUCUUCUUGGAGCAUCCAUUUUGCCGACAUCUCACAGUGCUGCAACAUCUGCUUUGUGUGAAAUAAAGUAUUCUGACAAUGGUACAAAUUAUGCAGUAAUGCAUAUUCAGGAAGGCAGAGUUCGUAAACGUGAAGAGGUUGAUCUGAGCAGUGAAGAAGGUUUUAAAAUCUUUAGCAAGUUAACAGCUGACAGGCCAAGAGCAAGAAGAGUGUCCCUUACACGAACAUUGUCUUCUGGAUCACAGAAAUCAGCGUCAUCGUCUAGUUUAUUGUCACUUUCUGAACUGUCAGAACUAAAACCACCAGAACCAAAAGCAGUGUGUGUAAUGGUUGAAAUCUACUGGCCUUUGAAGUUUCUUGAAGAUUUUUCUCUAGUCGAUAGCCCUGGUGUAACAGAAGAAGAGGGAUCAUCUACGGCUCGUCAGAUAACAGAAGAAUUUCAACGUGACCAUGCAUGUGGUUAUGUUUAUGUUUUGGAUGGAACAAGAGCUGCAGAAGAAGCAGCACAAGUUGGUGGACUUCUACGUUCUGUGGUCAAAGCAACGAAAUCAGCUCCUGCAAGUAGUUCUGCUGUGUUUGUCAUCAAUAAGUGGGAUCUUGUGGUACAACAGCAAACUGAAUUUGAGCAAAAAGAGUAUCUGAGAAAAGUGGCACAAUGCAUUGAGCAGAGAUGGCCUGGCUUUGAUGCAGAAAGACAGUUGAUAACGAUGAAUGCAAAAAUAGCAUCACAAGCUCAAGAGUUGGGCUACAUCACUCCUGAUCUCCAGUUGUUGUGUGACAAGAUUCAGAAAGCAUUACCUACAGCUGUUGAUAACUUGGUGCUGAAACAACUCAGUUGUGUGGGUGAGCUGCUUGGUCAAAUUGAGCAAAGCAUUGACGGCAUGCUUCGCUAUUUGCAUUUGCCUUUCGAAGAUCGUAUACAGGCACUUAAGAGGGAUAGGAAGCAACUUCAUUCUUUAACAGAGUCUCAAACUUCAGGCAGUUUGGCAUCAACCAGAAGAGAAGUGCAGCAUAGAAUAGAAGAAAUAGUUCUUGAGCUGUCACAUUAUUUGAAGUCAAAAGAAGCUUUCGAAUUUGUGGCAGAGCACAGAAAGAAGUCUGCACAGGAUAGCACAACAUUUGAUACUGAAAAUGUGCAAGAUAUUGUUGAGAAGGGAUUGAGCAAUGCAAUCUGUCAAUAUCCAAAAAUUGAAUUGUUUAGAAAAUGGGCUGUCUCAUUUGUGUUACCUGUUGUAGAAGAGCUUAUCGGUGAACUAGCAAGGAUUCGUGGGUUUAACACUCAAGUUAGACCAAUAUCACUGGAACAGAUGAUUUCUGGCCAAAUUGAUAGUUCAAGAGUUGAACGAAUUCAUUUUAUUGUUGGUGCAGCAGCACUAGCACUGCCUAUUAAUUGGCCUGGGUUUUUACUGGGUGGUUUGGCUAUGGCUAUUGGGGGAGAGCAAAUAGGACAAGCUGUGAUGAAAGUGUUAUGUCCAGGAACAUGGGUAUAUGCUGGUCUGCAUAAGAAGCUGUUCUGGGACACUACAGAGAAAGUAUACAACGAUGUAGUGCAGAAAUUUUGUGAGAAUAAGAACGAGAAGUUGCACCAGUUUGUAACCAAACUGCUAGAGGAUACGGUAGAUUCUGUAGGCAUGCUAUGUCGAGAAAUUCCAAGAUGUAUUGAGAUAAUAGAAAAUGACUUGAAAGCACGAGUGUCUCAGGAGGAGGGAAGUGCACCAAAUUUCAGUGCAAUUUUGAUGGAGUGUCGGAAGCUGAAAGGCCAAGUCUCAGCAUUUAUGUUAGCACAGAAUAUUCACCUCGUUGAUACAACACAACUAGAUCGUGGACUUGUGGCAGUUUCUGAUCUAAUUAGCAAAAUAUCUUUGCCCAAGAAGGGAGAGGCAAUGUUAAAGAGGUUUCCUGAACGGAUAAGGGAAACAAAUGCAGAUGAGGUUCUUAAGAGAAUGACAAUUAACAGGAAUGUGGUAACUGAUCACAUUGUGUCAUUCUAUGGUUCUGUGGUAUUGGUAGCAGAACCCCUUCAUCUCGGCUUGGUGUUUGAAUGGUGCAGUGGUGGGUCAUUAUCUGACAUGAUUUAUGAUCCAGACCAUUUACCUCCUUGUCAUCGCACUGGAUUUCGACAGUACAAAACAAUAUUACUUCAACUACUGAAUGGUCUCAAAUAUAUCCACGGAGUUGGCAUCAUCCAUGCUGGUCUGACACCAAAGACUAUCAUGUUUACGAAGGACAAUAGAGUGAAACUUUGCGAAGUGAAGUCUCCCAAUCGUUUGUACACAUCAACAUCCAACAGGAUGUCAUGUAACCGAGAUGACUUGGUCUACCUUGCUCCUGAGAUUCUCAACUCUCAACCAUGCAAUGUCUCAUGUGAUAUUUACAGUCUGGGGCUCAUUCUUUGGGAGAUAUGGAAUGGCAAAAUGGCUUUUAGUAACUUUAAUUUUGCAUCAAUAGAUGAAUAUCCGAAAUUUGUCAAUGAAGUGAAUGUAGGAACAAGACCAGAGGGAUUCAAACAGCCAGAGCAAUCAGUAUCUAGUGACACUAGUUCACUGGACAAGCCUUGUUCUGAUAAAUCACUUGCACAAGAAUGGGAAGAAUUGACAUGUCACUGCUGGGAGGGUGCACCAUCUAAAAGGCCAACAGCUAAGGACGUGUAUAACACAGUUUUAACAAUGGGAAAAGCGAAAGAAUGCGUGUAGACAGUGUGGUAUGUAGGAAGAUCACAUUACAGUCUAGUAGCAGAACAUGUCUCCUACACCUGCUGCAUAUCAAGAGUAGAGUAUCUUCAUAUCAACACUGUAGACAGCUACAGAAUAUCUUCUUUGAUAACGAACCGUGUCAGUCCAGUAUGCGUAUGUACAUGAUUUAUUUACUAUGUGGCAAACCCUACAGCUACACUGUCCACGUGUACAGUACUCACGUACUAGCCACUGGUACCUGUACAGUACUAACUAAAAUAUUAGUAGCAAUUACAGGUCUAGUUGCUAUGUAACUAUAAUUAUAAGCAGGGAAAUCUUCGA